AUGGGAUUGGUGAGCAGCAGGAAGCAGGUCAAGGAGAAGGCCAAAGGCUGGGGGAACCCCCUAAAGCGAAGAACCCAGAGCCAAGAAUCACCCCCACUGCCACCCCUGGUCGUGUUUGAUCACCUGACCCCUGCACCCCCAGACCCGGACCAGGGGCAGCUCUUUGCAGAGGUCCUGUUUGACUACUCUGCCCGCACCCCCCGGGACUUGCAGGUGCGGAAGGGGGAGAAGCUGCAGAUCCUUAGACAGGCUGGAGACUGGAGCUGGGCCCAGUCGCUCAUCACGGGCAGGGAGGGUCUGGUGCCUGCCAGCUUUGUGGUCCAUGUGGAGGCCCUGGACGUGGAACCGUGGUUCUUUAGAAGCAUACGCCGCAGGGAGGCCGAGAGGCAGCUGUUGGCUACCCAGAACAAGGCGGGCGCCUUUCUGGUGCGGGAGAGUGAGAGCACUAGAGGUGCCUUCUCCCUGUCACUGAAGGACGUGUCCUCCCAGGGUGCCGUUGUCAAACACUAUAAGAUCCACACAUCGGCUGAGGGCAGCUAUUACAUCUCUCCACAGGCUGUGUUCCCCACUCUGCAGGCUCUAGUGCAGCAUCACUCCAAGAAAGGGGACGGGCUGUGUCGGCGGCUGGCCUGCCCCUGUGUGAGGUCAACCCCGCAGGACCCCUGGGCCCAGGAUGAGUGGGAGAUCCCCCGGCAGGCUGUCAAGCUGGUUCGAAAGUUGGGCGCUGGGCAGUUUGGCGAAGUCUGGAUGGGCUACUAUAGGCAGAGGAUAAAGGUGGCUGUGAAGACCCUGAAGACAGGAACCAUGUCCCCAGAGGCCUUCCUGGCAGAGGCGAACGUGAUGAAGACGCUUCGUCAUGAGCGGCUGGUCCGGCUCUAUGCCCUAGUUACCAGCGAGCCCAUCUACAUAGUCACUGAGUACAUGGCCCGAGGGUCCCUGCUGGAUUUCCUGAAGACUGAGGAGGGCAGUGGCCUGGGGCUUUCGAGACUCAUCAACAUGGCAGCCCAGGUUGCAGAGGGCAUGGCCUACAUCGAGCGUAUGAACUCCAUCCAUCGAGACUUGCGAGCUGCCAAUGUCCUGGUGUCUGACUCACUCACCUGCAAGAUUGCAGACUUCGGGCUGGCCCGGAUCAUCGAUACUGAGUACAUGGCCCAGGAAGGAGCCAAGGUCCCCAUCAAGUGGACUGCACCCGAGGCCCUGCAUUUUGGGGUAUUCUCCAUCAAGUCUGACGUCUGGUCCUUCGGGGUCCUCCUGAUGGAGAUUGUCACCCAUGGGCGUGUGCCCUACCCAGGAAUGAGCAACCCUGAGGUCAUCAGCAGCCUGGAGCGAGGCUACCGCAUGGCCCGGCCAGACAUGUGUCCUCCUGCACUGUACUGGAGCGUCAUCUCAAAGUGCUGGCACAGCCAGCCCCAGGAGCGGCCCACCUUUGAGUUUCUACAGUCCGUGCUGGAGGACUUCCAUACGUCCACCGAGCAGCAGUAUGAGCUGCAGCCCUAA